UAUAUAUAUAUGCCUUCAUUCAUCCGGGGUAUAUUAAUAAGGGUUGUCUUCCGACUCAAUAUACUGUUCCUCAAAAUCGAAUCUCAGCAUGGCGAAGAAGAAGCCACCAGCAGAAGCAUAUGUUUUCCGACUGCUGGUUUCAUUGAUUGUGUGCAUGAGGAUUUUCUUGGCCACCGCGGAAAGCUCGACGACGACGAAAAUUCAGAUAAACAUAGGUACGAUCGUGAACUUGGAUACAUGGGUUGGGAAGGUUGGGUUGAGCUGCCUCAACAUGGCCCUUUCUGACUUCCAUAACUCCCAUCCUCAUUACAACACUAGACUUUUCCUCCAUAUCAACGACUCCAAUACAAACGACGUCGUUCAUUCAGCUGCUGCAGCUCUGCACCUUAUAAAGGAUGUGGAAGUACAAGCGAUCAUCGGGCCACAGAGUUCAAUGCAGGCAAACUUCGUAAUCGAUCUUGGAGAUAAAGCAAAGGUUCCAGUUGUAUCGUUUUCAGCUACAAGCCCUUCAUUAGCCUCGCAUAGAAGUUCCUACUUUUUCCAAGCAGCACAAAGCGACUCAUAUCAAGCCAAAGCCAUUAGUGCUAUACUUGAAGCUUUUGGAUGGAGAGAAGCCGUGCCCAUCUACGUCGACAACGACUUUGGCCGCGGACUAAUGCCUUCCCUUGUCGACGCCUUGCAACAAGCAGGUGUCCGAAUCCCCUACCGGAGUGCCAUUCCUCCUGCAGCCACAGACGACCAAAUUGAUACAGAGCUCUACAAGUUGAUGUCAAUGCAGAGCAGAGUUUUCAUAUUGCACCUCUCGCCGACGGUUGGUUCUCACCUCGUUACCAAAGCAGCAGAGAUUGGGAUGAUGAAUGAAGGCUAUGUUUGGAUCAUGACCAACAGUUUGACUGAUCUAUUGACUUCACCGAAUGCAUCAGCCAUUAAUUCAAUGCAAGGUGUUGUUGGUAUAAAGACUCAUGUGCCCAAAACAGUAGAGCUGGAAAAUUUCAGAGUUCGAUGGAAGACGCAAUUCUUGAAGGAAAAUCCAACCAUGGUCGAUGAUGCAGAACUUAACGUUUUUGGAUUGUGGGCUUAUGACGCUGUUUUUGCAUUAGCCAUGGCCGUCGAAAAGGUUGGAGGUAAAGGCUCUGGCUUUCGAAAGUUGAAUGCUUCUAGCGGCUUGACAGAUCUUGAAAAUAUUGGGGUCUCUGAAAAUGGUCCGAAACUUAGGGAAGCAUUGUCCACAACGAGAUUUAGAGGGCUGGGUGGAGAUUUCAGUUUUGUGAAUCGGAAACUUCAAUCGUCAACUUUCCAAAUAGUGAAUGUACAUGGUCAUGGAAUGAGAUCGAUCGGAUUUUGGACACCCAGUAAUGGACUAACUAGAAAAUGGAAUUCCACAAGUACGUAUUCAACUUCGAAGUCUAAUUUAGGAUCUAUAAUAUGGCCUGGAGAUACUACCUCUCAACCCGAAGGAUAUACGAAAUAUCCAACAACUAUUGGGAAGAAACUGAGAAUAGCGGUUACGAUGAAAGAUAAUAUUAGCUCGUUUGUUCAAGUGGUAAAUGAUUCAAGUAGGAGCAACCCUGAAUUCACUGGUUUCUGUAUAGAAGUCUUCAAAGCUGUAAUGGAUGCAAUGCCAUAUCCUGUAAUCUACGAGUUCAUUCCCUUUUCAAAGCCCGAUGGUAAACGGGCUGGCACUAACAACGAGUUGAUCUAUCAAGUUUAUCUUGGGAACUAUGAUGGGGCAGUGGGAGAUAUCACUAUUAUAGCCAACAGGUCCAAUUAUGUUGAUUUUACAUUGCCAUAUACAGAUUCUGCGGUCACAAUGAUUGUGCCAACCAAAGGCAUGAAAAUGAAAAACGCUUGGGUGUUCUUGAAGCCUUUGACUUGGGACCUUUGGGUGACAACCGGUUGCUUUCUUGUUUUCAUUGGAUUUGUGGUCUGGGUUCUUGAGCAUCGAAACAAUGACGAUUUCCGCGGUCCUCCUUCGCAUCAGAUUGGAAUCAGUUUCUCGUUCGCCUUGUCCACCACCAUGCUCGUUCAUCGUGAAAGAAUUCUGAGCAACUUGGCAAGGUUUGUAGUGAUCAUUUGGUGUUUUGUGGCUACCAUAUUGACGCAAAGUUACACAGCCAGUUUGACAUCACUCUUAACAGUUGAACAACUCCGACCCAGUUUUACUGAUGUGAAUGAACUUUUAAAGAAUGGGGAAAAAGUUGGGUACCCAAAAUACUCUUUUGUUGGAAGAAUGAUAGAAGGGUUGAAGUUCAAGCAAGAAAACCUUAAGGAAUAUAAUUCCUUGCAACACUUGGAACAACUUUUUGCAAAUGAUGAAAUUUCUGCUGCUUUUGAUGAAAACCCUUACCUCGAGCUAUUCGUUGCUCAACAUUGCCCCAACUUUACAUUGGUUGGACCAAGUUAUAAGACUAAUGGGUUUGGUUUUGUCUUCCCAAGAGGUUCUCCGUUAGUGGGUGAUGUCUCAAGGGCAAUCCUAAAAAUGAUCGAAGGGAAGAAAAUGAAGGAAAUUGAAGAUGCCUGGUUUGUGAAAAACAGUUGUUCAACCACUAAGGAUUCCUUCAGUCUUGGGCUUAAUAAUUUCUGGGGUUUAUUCCUUAUUGCCGGGAUUGCUUCUUUGUCAGCUCUUAUAAUAUGUGCGGCUAUUUUUCUUUACAAGCAUAGGCAAAUCUUGAUGCAUUUCGAUUCAGAACUCUCAAUAUGUGGAAAAAUUCGAUUCAUGUUCAAAAUCUUUGAUGAGAAAGACCUUAGCUCCCACGCUUUCAAAAAGACUAGUGAGCUUCAAGACAGAAGAAAUAGGAGUUUAGAUGGUAAUAUUCAUCUUCAUGAUCAGGCUAUGGAUGUGAUUGAAGCCUCACAGAACACCGACUGUUCGCCAAGCCCAUCUAAUUGUACAAACCAGUCAGUUUAGGCUAGGAACAGCUUCCAAAAUUGAUUGUGGCUAGCAGAAUCGAACGACCAGGGACCUCCCGACAUAAUAUAUACCAAAUGUUUCGAAUAUUAAUAAUAUUAUCCCAAAUCCAGAAAUACCAGGAAAUCUUUACUUGUAGUUAUGCCCAUGAGAGAAACAGCGUACUAUGAAAAUGACGCAGUACUUGUAAUAUAUGUAUUCACAAUGUGUGAGUUGUGUGAAAACCAAUCUCUCUCUCUCUCUCUCUCUCUCACACAC